UUACCACAAAUCUGAAGCAGUACACAAGAGGCUCACAUCAGGUGCAUUUGACUGCACCAACAAGCCACUACAACUACAGUGGUUGGCAGAGGCAUACAACCACGAGGUGGUAACUCCAGUUUGUUCAGAAGUGUUUGACUUUUGCAGGCAAUGCUCUUGUGGAAAGUAAAGUGCUGAUGAAUGUGUUUAAGAAGCAAAUAGCAGAAGCUAUGGAACAGAAUAAAACGCCUCAGAGGGAGAAGCUGAAGACAACUCUGAUCAAACAGCGACAACAACGCCAUGAAUCCUGUCAUCAGCAUCACUCUUCUCCUGCUCUCUGCAACUGUGGGUGAUUCAUGGAAGCGACUAAAGAUGGAGGAAGAUUUUCCCUCCCAGUUAAAACACCAUGCAGGGGAAAGAGCAGAAAACCAUGAAGAGGAGAUUCUGCAGGAUAGAGCUCUCCCAGGUUCCUGCUCUCCCUGUAAGUCCCUUGUAUCCAAAUUAAAGCAGCAGCUGGGCAAAGACUGUUCAAAGAUAAAAAUUGAAGAGCUGCUGAACACAGUCUGCGACAAGCUGAGGCUUAUCGAGAUCUGCAAGAAGAUCGUCAACAAGUACAAAAGCUCUCUGAUUGACGCUAUAGCCAACCAUGGGACUCCCACUGCUAUAUGUAAGAAGCUGAAACUCUGCAAGAGAAAUGCACGUCUAUAGAUAGUACACAUUAUGCAUCUCUGCCGCAACCUGAAGUGUACUCAUGAUGUUUCAACUGUUUGAUUUUGAUAAUAAAAUUCCUGCAUGCA